GUAACCCUUGAUGACUUGACGGAUUCUCCAUCAAGAGACACUGUAUUAAGUGAAGAUCAAACUGAAUUCCUAGACGCAGUGCGUGACGGAGAUCAUGCCAGAGUGCGCGAAUACAUCUUGCAUAGGUCUGUUGAUGUGAACUGCGUAAACCUGCUCGGAGAAACGGCUCUUCAGAUAGCAGUGAGCAACAACCGCCAUGAAAUUGCCAAGUUCCUUCUUAACGAAGGUGCAGAUGUCGGUAACGCGUUGCUGUAUGCCGUCGCGAAUGAGUCAACUGUCUGGGUGACACUGUUACUUGACUUCAUUGAAGACCGGAACGCUCAGAACCACGCAACAACAGCAGGUACCUCACGAAGUCAGGAGGCAAGUAAAGCUAGUGAAGAUCAUUGUUAUACAAAAUACAUCUCGCCUCUAGUGUUGGCUGCGCAAAGUAAUAAUCAA